CUUUGCAAACAUCCUCACUCACCAACACAAGUCGAUUCUUGACAAUUCUGCGUCCAACCACGCCACAUACACAUAAACAGAUAAUACACAAGUGCCUUUCAACCUCUCCCACCCAACCCCCAUUUCAAUUUUCCCCUCAUCCACACGAUCUUUCCUAGACAACAAUGCCACCAGUCCGCUCUCGCAACAACCGCAAACCGCCACCCGCAGGAUUCGCUGACAUCGAAGACACACUGCUAGAAUAUGGCAACAAGAUGCGCGAUGCCGAGAACGCCUCACACGACGGCAAGAAGAAACACGAAGUUCUUUGGCCAAUAUUCCAGAUUUCACACGCCCGCAGCCGAUACGUCUACGACCUCUACUAUGAGCGCGAGGCAAUUUCCAAGACUCUCUACGACUGGCUACUGAAAAAUGGGUAUGCCGAUGCAAACUUGAUCGCAAAGUGGAAGAAACAAGGAUAUGAGAAAUUGUGCUGUCUGCGAUGUGUGCAGACGAAAGAGACGAAUUUUGCAGGGACGUGUAUUUGUCGCGUGCCGAAGGCGAGUUUGAAGAGAGAUGAGGGUGGUGAUCAAGGAGGCGGGGGUAUUCAAUGUGUCAAUUGCGGAUGCAGAGGAUGUGCUAGCAGUGAUUGAUUGGCUUGACUGAAGGAUUCUGGCUAACUCACCACCCACAACACACCUUUUUCAUAUCCUGGCUGAGAGUGAGACUCGAUGUUCAGCACCAAGACGGGAACGGGACAGAUUGAUUCGACCUCUCCAUCGAAGAUGGAAACGCCGCCUACAACAAUUAGCAUUGAUCAAUUUUCACGAUUUGACGACUUUCGAAGACAUGAUAUCAUGCAAUGAUUCCCCCAAGAAGAGCGCUUCCGUGCUUCCGCAAGAAACCUGCGAAUCUGACAGGGAUUCAAGUUGAGAAUUUGGGUCAUUGUCCACUGGUCCCUGAGUCUGCUUCAGGAAGAGGAGGGUACGAACAUGCGACCACGGACUGUCAAACAAUAUACCCACAGGCUCUAGUCGGUAUGACGACCAACCCAACUUUACGUCGUCAGGCGUUUUUCGGGCCUGGCUCGACUACAAGUGUACCUUCUGAGACACGGAGAACAAGAGAUGGCAUUGCUGUGGCUCCCUUUCAUGGAUGAACAUUAUUGAAGGCCCCUCGGACGCAGGGCUGGUUCUCAGAGCCUCGUCGACUUUGUUUGUCCUAUGGGCGAUUUCAACCGAUACGUCAUCCAAGUACUGCUGUCUCCUGAUGCCGUCGGAGAUAGCCAUGACUUGAGUUACCUUUGUCACAGGGUAAACUUAGUCGAAGAGAAUAGCAUCUCUUCAUUCCUAGCGAUUGACGAUAUGAUUAUGUACCACUGGUAAAUAAUCGACUAC